AUGAAGAUUCCAUUGCAGAACACAUCCACGCCUCAGCGUACCACCCAAUCGUCUACCUACGAGCAGCAAGCUCGAUCUUCAGAUGAACUGUAUAUUUCGUUAGCGUACUAUGCAUUUCUAGUCAUCUCCAGUGUCACUGGGAACGGUCUCGUCAUCGGAGCAUACGCUUCCAACAAGUGGCUUCGUACAGCACUCACCCACACCCUCAUCAUCGGCCUAGCCUGCGCAGACUCUCUCGUUGGAGUCGUAUCGCUGCCGAUUUGGAUGUACAUCACGUUCCGGGAUCACAAACACAUCCCGUUGAGUCCCCUCGCCUAUCAGUUCUACAUAACCGCAGAUAUUUUCAUUGGAAGCGCUUCCAUUUUCCAGCUGAUGGGUAUUAGUAUUGAGCGGUCUCAUGCUGUUCUUAGACCACUCCAGCAUCGCUUGCUUGGCAGACGGAUAUUUUACAUCGCAGUGGCCGCUGCUUGGAUCUGCUCUGCCGCUCUAGCGUCUCUCCAACCGCUGCAAUAUGGCACUGAUUGGCAGGUCGUCUAUACGAUUCUGAUAGCAACGGUGUGCUUCUUUAUUCCAACUGUGGUCAUCGCGAUUGCUUACUGCAGCAUCUUCUUCUCCGCCAAGGGUAAAGCAUCUCUGUCCAAGCAUCAGACUCAUAAGAAAACAUUGGCCAAAGAGGUAGGGUUGAUCUUAAUUUUCUGUAGAUGACUGUCGUCGAUCGAGAGCUAAGCCAGGGGCCCAUUUGCCGGAACGAGCAACAUUCUAUGUACUCGAGUAAUGGAGUUUUUACCAAGCAUUUUUUUAUAGAACGAUUUUGGCGCAAAUUGAGAAUAUCUUUUAACUCCGACAAAGACGUUACUAGGAAAUCCUACAGACCUAAAGUGGUAUUUUUGACAUUUAAAUGGCUUUAAAUGAGUCUUCCUUUUUGGUAUCUUACACUUUUAAUGCUCUCAUAGACGGCGCGGAAUUUCCAUUUUCUCUGGAAAAGGUGCUCCAAAAUGUAUCUAAAAAUAAACCUGUCCUUGAAAACGCUCUGACAAAGUCCUAGUAUGGGCGUUGCUUUCUACAGGUUAUGGUCUUCUGCUUAAGCACAUAACUACUAGUAUCCUCCAGUAUUAUCAUGAUGUGCAACCGUGUUGGUGUCAGCUUCUAUGGCUUUCCUGUACUGAUAAAGUAUUUGGUAACUUCAUUUGACACAGUUUGGAUAGCUGGAUUUACAAACCGCAAAUAAGUUUAUCUGACGGUCAUGCCGUUAUAAUGCUAACACCGAAUGUUCUCUGAACCUCUUGUCCUGUUUUUGAUACGAGUUGUAUUGAUCUUUGCAAAACAUUAUACAUAUCGUCCACACGGGAAUGUGACCUCAAUGACUAACAUCGGCCUAGGCCAUUAUUGAUGCCUUUUGACUCAUUUGGGCAGGAAAGGGCAGGGACACCUUAUACAACACAUCAAUGUUUGUUCAGAGCACUAAAUUAAAAUGUCAUUAACCUAUUCUUUUUCUCUCUGUUUCUUCAUGAAGGUUUCUUUAUCCUUAACAGUGGCGAUGAUUACGCUGCUGUUUGUCAUAACAUGGCUACCGUUGUUCGCUUUGUCCAUACUAGCCACGUUUAACCCCGAGGUCCUUCCUUGGCCAUCCACCUCCACGCGUCUCCUGCACUUUGUCAAAUGUAUGCAUUACAGUUCCAGUGCCAUAAACCCUGUCCUGUACUCCUAUCGAAACGUCGAACUUCGCAGGACCAUUGGCGUGCUUUUACAGCGACUUGUGCUAAGGAGGGGACCAGGCGUGGAUGAGGUCUUCAGAAGUCGUCGUUCAAGUAGCGUUGUCUCUGCUUCCCAUUUUAGAAAGCUGAGCUCAGUCUCAGAUCGUUGCCGCAAGCCCAGCGCAGAGAGCCAGUAA